UUCAUUCGUGUUGCAACUUUAGUAUCCUGCUCAACACUUCAUCACCAAGCAUGUCAAACCCGGCUCUUACUUUUCAGCGCCAUUGGCACCACCUCUCUGCCUCCUCCCAAACCCUCGGUCCACUCUCAGUUCGCAUAGCCACCCUCCUCAUGGGCAAGCACAAGCCCCGAGGUAUCUACUCGCCCGCAAACGACCAAGCAGGUGACUACGUAGUGGUGACAAAUGCCGAGAAGGUUGGCGUAACGGGCAAGAAGGCCGAGCAGAAGGUGUAUUACAGACAUAGCAUGUAUCCGGGAGGUUUGAAGGUUGAGCGAUACCAGGAGAGGAUGGAGAAGAAGCCGGAGGAGAUCAUCCGCUCAGCCGUCUCAGGGAUGCUCCCUAAGAACAAGCUGCGGGAUCGUCGCCUGGCAAGGCUCAAGAUCUUCGCGGGUGAGGAGAACCCCUUUGCGGCAAACAUUGCGAGGAGGUACGAUGUCUCAGGAGGUGUACAGUCAUCGGCUUCAGUCCAGGGUGUCGUCGAUGCGAUCAAGGAGCAGCAGGCUGGCAAGUCAUAGCAACGGCCUCCCUCCCUGUCUCGUCCCUUUGCCGC